AGUCUUGUAUUUUGGAGCUGGAAUUAUUUGUGGUCGGAUGACAUCAGUUCGGUCCUUUGUGUGGCUGCAAUGAGCCAGUCAGUCGGAGAUAUUCCAAGUUCGCCAGGUGUGAGAAAAAGUCUUCAGGUGUAUUCAACCGUAAUUUCUGCGUUUUCACAAAAUCCAUGGAACAGCAGGGCUUCAAGCAGGUGCGACCGACAGAUCCCAUUAAUGGGAUCACGGUAAUAGGAUUAAGAAAGUGGCAAAUGGAAUCUCACACACCUACAGUACAGAAGCAGUAAUCAGAUUACAGACACACUGACAGAAAGUGAGAACUGAAAUGUACUGGGAGUGAAAAACUAACUUUUUCAUUUCAUUUUAUUGUUAUUAUUAUUUUAGGAAAUUACAGCCACAAUUAGGUCCCAAGAACGCUGUUUGAAAGCUAGAAAAUGUGGCAGGGUCCGCCACAUUUAAACAAAGUAAACUGUGUUGCCCUUUAAGGUCAGUUUGUUUAUUCAGUCAUGAAAACAAAGAAGGCUAGUUUGUUUUGCUUAUUGAGGCACAUCAUGAAGAUCUCCCUCUCCAGAACUACACAGUGCAACCUUUAAAAUCUGAUCCUCGAAGGAAAGGAAGGACGUCUCUGGUCCUGUUACAUUUAUUGUUAAGACAUAACUAUUUGUACAAUUCCAUGUCCACGAUAGAGAUCUCAAGAUGGAUUUGCCACACAGAUGUUCCAACUACAGAGCAGAGGAGGGAAAGAAAAAGAAAAAAAAAAAGAAGAAAAAAAAAGGCAGCUCCUCUUGUCCUCAUCUGAAUCCAGGGCUGCAUGAGGCCACGCAGCACGAGGGCGCCCCCACGCGGACAACAGCGGCGUUACACCCAACCACGUCCCGAUUUCAAACAAGUUAAGUUUCGGUUUCCAAUCAUCAGAAACGAUACCGACCUCUCUCCUUCUCAUCCACCGGAGUGAGCAGGUCGCUGAGCAGUCGCAGACUCGCCGUCCUGCUCGUCGGACACCACGAUGGAGUCAGUCAUACUGAAGUUCAUCUGCUCCAACCAGGGAGCGGUGAACACCGACUAUCUGAUGUUCAACCUCGGUUUAGGGGAUUCGACGAGCGUGUCGGACAUCCUCCGCAACACAGAGAAGUUCGCCUCCUGUUGCCCCUUCGGCCAGCCGAAGGUGGUGGCGAGGACCAGGCUGAGACUGUGCAGGGCCAGGGACUGCCCGGGGUCAUGCGAGGGCCUGCACCUGUGUAAGAACUUCCUCUUCAGCGGAUCCUGCCAGUUCACUCGACAGAGGAGAGGAUGUACCUUCUCCCACGAGCUGGAGUCUGAUCACAAUCAGAGGGUCCUGGGGCACCAUGGGCUGGAGAGUCUGAGCAGGACGGAGCUGUGUACGCUGCUGAUGCAGAGCGACGACAGGCUGCUGCCACCUGUGUGUCAUGAUUACAACAAUGGAGCGGGGAUGUUCGGCAAUUGUCAAGCUGCUAUAGGCUGCAAGAGGCUGCAUAUCUGCGAGAAGUACCUGAACCUUGACUGCAGCUGCCCGAGGAACCAUGACUUUAAUGACCAACAGCCAUUAAAAAUUCUGCAGGAGAAAGGGGUGCCUGACGACCUCAUUCGUUCCUUGAGGUCAGUUUACGCAAACAUAGUGGCUUUGAGGUACUCUGACUACAGGGCCAACCUUCAACAGCGAGGUGGUUUCCAGGGCAACAGAGGCAACAGGGGCAACGGAGGCAACAGGGGAAACCAGUACAACAGAGGCAACAGGGGCAACAGAGGCUACAGGGGCAACAGAGGCUACAGGGGCAACAGAGGAAACCAGGGCAACAGAGGCAAUCGAGGCAACGGAGGAGACCAGGGCCAUUGUCAACAGCAGCCGUCAACCUGUUCCAACAGUGACAUCCUGCUUGAUAUCGACAGCUUUGAUCUGUAUACUGAAUGUGGUCUACAGGACAGCGACUGGCAGAAGCUGAAUUCCUCCACCAGUGACAUCUCGGUCGCUGCCAGCGACACUGACAGCGUUGAUGGUCACAACAGAAAAAGAACAAGAAGACGGAAUAACCGCGGCAACAGGGGUAAUAGGGGCAACCAUCAACAGCCUCAGAGAGCCCUUUCCACUAAUGACCUCCUUGCUGCCAUCAACGCCUUAAGUGACGAUGGACCAAACAAAAGCUCCAGUGUCAUCUCUGCUGCCGCUGCAGCCGACAUCGGUGAUGCAAGCAGCGCCGACGGUCCGAAAGCCAGUCUAAUGCCAAAUCCAAUUGAAACCUUAACAUUUCACAGAGGUAGAGGUGGUAACAUUGGCAGCAGGGCCAAUAGGGGUAACCAUCACCAGCUGCAGCGGACCCAUUCCACUGGUGACAUCACUGCUGCUGUCAACAACGAGGAAAAACGUGAUGAUGGGCCGAACAGAGGAGAAAGGCGAAGGCCUGUCAGAGAUAAAACUGAGAUAUGCAUGUUCUUCAUCAAAGGACACUGUAUACACGAGGAUCGAUGCUUUAAAGCUCAUGACAAGAUGCCGUACAGAUGGGAGGUCAGAGAGAAUGACCAGUGGACCGCCAUGCCUGAUAGCGAGGCGAUUGAGAGGGACUACUGUGAUCCCUCAAAAACAAACAGUAGCAGCAGCCCACUGGUGCAUUUUGACACGAUGACCUGUGGCCCUAACAAAGUCCGACGACUCUCCACCAUUAACUCUUUGCUUGAGCCAACCUUCAUCCACACCACUGAGUGGCUUUGGUACUGGGAGGAUGAGUUUGGGAAGUGGAACCUGUAUGCUUCAUCUGAUGGCAAACACAAAGCAGCAGACAUGGACAGCGCCAAACUGGAGCAGAAGUUUCUGGACAACGACAAAGAUGUGGUGGAGUUCACUGCCGGUUCACAGUCGUACUCACUGAGUUUCCAGGACAUGAUACAAAUAAACAAGCAAUAUGGCACGAAGAAGGUUGUGAAAAGACGACCCCGGUUUGCUUCGGCGGCUGAUGUUCGAGCGAGGAGAGUGAGGCCUCUUGGUAGAGUUAAUAUCGCCGCCAUGCCAGAUCACUGGGACAAGACACAGAUCCCUCAAAUAGGAUUCAAGCGUGUCUCCCUCCAGAGCUCCUCAGAUGAGUUUAAGGAGAUCAAGGCUGUUUUCUGCAAAACCAUGACGGGAUUUGACAUUGUUGGAAUCGAGAGGAUUCAGAACAAAACUCUCUGGGACAGCUUUCAGCUGAAGAAAAUGCAGAUGAAGGACAAGAACGGCGGGCGCCAUGUGACAGAGAAGCAACUCUUCCACGGCACCGACAACCAAUACGUGGACGCCAUCUGCCAGGACAACAUCGACUGGAGACUCUGCGGAACCCACGGGACUGCUUACGGCAAAGGUAGUUAUUUUGCCCGGGAUGCCAAGUACUCCCACAGCUACACCAGUGGCUCUGAUGUCAGAUCCAUGUUCGUCGCGCGGCUGCUGGUGGGACACUACACCAAGGGCUCCUCCAGCUACGUCCGGCCUCCUCCUAAGGACAGCGGGGACCGCUAUGACAGCUGCGUGGAUGACGUUCUGAAUCCCUCCAUCUAUGUUGUUUUUGAGAUGCAGCAGAUCUACCCCGAGUACCUGCUGCAGUACACGACCACGCACCCGCUUGCUGAUAUUUACGGUGCUGCGUCUGCACCAGCACCGAAACCGGCACCAGCACCGAAACCGGCACCAGCUCCGAAACCGGCACCAGCUCCGAAACCAGCACCAGCUCUGAAACCCACUGUUUCUGUUCAUCAACCCAGCACAUCCUCAUACCGACCCAGCAUGUCCUCAUAUCAACCCAACACAUCCUUAUAUCAACCCAGCACAUCCUUAUAUCAACCCAGCACAUCCACAUACCGAGCCAGCACAUCCUCAUAUCAACCCAGCACAUCCACAUACCGAGCCAGCACAUCCUCAUAUCAACCCAGCACAUCCACAUACCGAGCCAGCACAUCCUCAUAUCAACCCAGCACACCCUCAUAUCAAUCCAGGGCACAAGAUUUCUCAAAUCAGUACCAAAGCUUCCGGUCUUCUUCCACACCUUCCUCACCAACCCCGAAAGCAGAUAAAUCGUCCUGUGUCAUUGCUUAGGGUCAGAGCUGAAGUGAGGGGCAGUCUUUAUUUUUCUUUUAAUGGAUAAUGACAUAUAAAGAUGCUCAGUGGCCCUUCUGCAGAAUGUUUUGGGUAACUUUGGCGAAUAAAUGAUUGUUACUUAGUAUAUUCAAAGUGUAUUCAAUGAGUAGAGUGGCUGUCAGGCAGCACAUGGCGAGUGAAAGACAACAUGACACGAAAUAUUCUUAAUCACAGAAAUGAAAAUAGCCAAGUAGGCGUUCACAAUCGCCCAGUUUUCACCCAAGUGUAACACAAAUUUUGGAAAGAAAUUUCCAGAGAAAUGUAAAAGAAAAUGGCAAUGAAUGUUUUUUUUUUAAUCCCACUACUGCCGUGGGAAUAUUAAGCGAUGAGUAAUGGAGACAGACAGCAUUACCGAAGAAGCGAGAGCAAAACACGAUGCAGGAAUGACACUGCUGUUUGUUUCAUUGGUGUUUCCAGUGCAGAAGCUUCAGUCGAUGUUAUGACUUGUGCAUCUGCUGACAUACCUCUUUGUCACAUUUUGCUGUAAUCAGUACACCAACUGCGUUCACCACUACACAACUUUCUUUUUCUUUCUUUCUUUCUUUGUUUCUUUCAAGAAUUUCAAGAGUUUCUAAUGCACACUUUUUUUUUUAAAGUACACAAAUGAAAAAAUUGUGUAAUAACCUGUUCACGGAAGUGCACUUAAAGUGGGUGGUUUGUGGUAAUCAACACAAAUGCAUGUGAAAUCAGUUUGUUUAGAAGUUUGCUCAGCAAAAAAGUUAUGCCUAUUACAUUUAAAUACUCAUACUCAAUGGGGGAAUGUUAUUCAUCAUCAUAUUUAGAUAUUUAUUUUUUCACCCUCCCUAACAAGUGGAGGGCGACGAACUCCUGUGUCCAAAAAUAGGGUGUAAAAUGAAUAUCUUUAUUGAGAGGAUGUAAGUGAGAUUUUGUGUUUACGGUUAUUGAUUCUAUAAAGCACCACUUGCAGAUUUGGUGUUGAGUGAUUCCUUUGCUUAAUAUUCCACCGGCACUAAUAGUCCUUCCAUUUUGCAAAGCGUUGUACUGUUUGCAAACACUAUUGAUCCUGUGCAUUGAAAAUAAACACUAUCCUCUUGCUCACUGUUAAA